AAGCGCCCGGGUGAUCGAAGCGUGGGCGCCUAUGGGCCGCUGCGGGAGAGGAGGUCGUCUCCACGGUUUAUAUCCCAACUCACCCCUCUUCGGCACCCACUCCUUCUCCUCCUCCUUCUGUCUCCCAUCUCACUCCUUCCUCAACAUGGUUCUCGCGGCCGCCUGGAUACCGCUUUCCCUCGCAGCGCUCGCCCUCGCCGACCCAAUCCAUGUCCCAUUAGCCAGAAGAACCACCGGCCGACGUGCGAAGGACGUCAGCCGGUACCCCGCGGCCGGCGACUUUGUCAGGAGCAAGUAUGGCUUUGAAACCAUGGCAAGCAAGCUUAGGAAGAGAGGCGAGACUGUGGGCAUGCAGCUCACCAACCAGGAUUAUGACUCUUCAUACAUUGGAACGAUCUCCGUCGGCACCCCGUCUCAAUCUUUCCCAAUGAUUAUGGACACGGGUUCGUCCGACCUCUGGCUCGCCUCCAGCAGCUGCUCUGGUUGCCCCUCCGACACGCCGGAGUUCACCUCGUCCUCCUCAUCCAGCUUCAAGUCAAACUCCUCAUCUACAUCGUCCAGCGGGCACGGCGGCGGCUCGAACGGCGAAGUCUCGAUCACGUACGGCUCCGGCGAUGUGCAGGGCUCGCUCGGCACGGAUACUGUCUCGCUCGCGGGGCAGACGGUGAGCUCGCAGACGUUCCUCGUCGUCGACACCGUCUCGACAAAUCUCCUCGACGGGAACGUCACAGGAAUCAUGGGGCUCGCGUUCCAGAGCCUCGCCGCGACGGGCGCGGUGCCGUUCUGGCAGGCGCUUAUCUCGCAGGGCUCGCUGAGCAACCCCGAGUUCGCGUUCUACCUCACACGCUUCGUGGACGACGAGUCUGCGGAGACAGAGGAGCCUGGAGGAACGUUCACGAUUGGCGGUGUCAACGGAUCGCUGUAUUCGGGCGACAUCACGUAUUACGACCUCACGGACAGCACCAGCCCGACAUACUGGACGCUCACGAUCUCGGGCAUCACGGUGGACGGCCACUCGGUCUCCCUGGGCAGCUCGGCUGCGAACGCGGCGAUUGAUACGGGCACCACACUCAUUGGUGGCCCCAGUGACGCUGUCGCUGCGAUCUACGACCAGAUCGAGGGCGCGGAAGCCCUGACCGGGCAGUACAGCGGCUACUAUGCCUUCCCGUGCUCGACCAAACCGAACGUCACGAUUGCGUUCGGCGGGCAAGCGUGGCCGAUCAACGCGGCGGACAUGAACCUCGGCGCGGUGAACACCGCGGGGACGUACUGCCUCGGCGGCGUGUUUGUGCUCUCGGAGGGGUCGAACGUGCCGAGCGACUCGAACAGCCUGACGUGGGUCGUCGGCGACACCUUCCUCAAGAACGUCUACUCCGUCUUCCGCGCGAGCCCCGCCGCGGUCGGCUUCGCGGCGCUCUCCACGAACGCGGGCGGCUCUGGCUCAGCGAACGGCUCGUCGGGAGGCUCCUCAAGCAGCUCAAGCAGCUCAAGCAACUCGUCGAACGCCGCCGCGCUGAUCAAGCCGACGAACGGCCCCGCGCUCGCUGCCGGCCUUGCGAUCACGCUCCUUACGAGUGUGUUCUCCGGCGUGAUGGUCCUCGCGUGACCUGGCCCUGCAAGUUCGCGGCUGCUAGAAGGAGGGAGGGGGAUGCCUCCGUAAUUGGGGGAAGUGGACGGAUAAUUGACGUGCUUAUGUGUUUGCUGAACGAUUGAACCCGAACUGUAUGUGCUUUCUGCUUGGUUUAACUUGGUUGGUGGGAACCACCGGAAUGCUGUCUCUCGCUGUAUAUAUCACGCUUGCUUGCAUAUCAUACAUACAUGCUGCUAUUCGCGCAGAGGGUGUUCCAAGUUUCUGGCUCGACAUCAUCGCAUCUUCGUCUGAUAAGUCUCGGAGUCUGCCUGCAUUUGAGUAGCGGCGAGAGUCGGAGCUCUCAGCUCAUCAACAGACGGCUGAAAAGUGA